AUGUCUGCUGAUACUUCUGGUGCGACAGAAUUCAAGACUAAGUUUGGUGAAAUGGUUAAAACAGAGGAAUUAUCUCCAGAACAAGUCUAUAAUAUGGACGAGACCGGGCUAAACAUUAAAAUGUUACCAGAAACAACUUUUCUAGGCAGUCGUGAACAGUCUGCCUCUGGCUUCAAAAAGAACAAAGAACGUAUUACAGUGGCCGUUUGUUCGAAUGCAGCAGGGACUCAUAAAAUUCCUCUUUUCGUUAUUGGCAAGUUUGCUAAACCACGGGCAUUCAAAAACUUGAAUCCAUCUUCCCUUCCGGUUUAUUAUAAGUCACAAAAAUCAGCGCGGAUGAAUUCAGACUUGUUUAAAGAAUGGUUUAAUUUGGAGUUUCUUCCAAAAGUUAAAAAACAUUUAAAAAGUGUAAACUUGCCCAUUAAAGCAAUUCUUGUGUUAGAUAAUGCUCCAACCCAUCCUCAUGACUGCGCUGUAGAUGACAUAAAAUUAGUUUAUCUUCCUCCUAAUGUGACAAGCUUAGUGCAACCAAUGGACCAGGGAGUGAUCGAAAGCUUAAAAAGACGAUACAGGCGUAAACUUGUUUCUGAAAUUCUGCAACAUUCGGAGAGUGAAGACAAAGGCCUUUUAGAAUUCAUCAAAAAGAUCAAUACCAAGGACGUUAUCUAUAUAUUAGCUACAGUAUUUCAAGAAAUGCCCUCUUCAACGUUUGUUAAGUCUUGGAGAAAACUUUGGCCAGAUGUUGAGAAUCUAAUUGUGAUCUCGAAUACUGCAGGGACUGAAGAAGAAGAAAACAAAUCUACUUUACAAGACCUUCAAAAGUUAUCGGGUAACGAAUCAUUACAGGCAGAAGAUGUGGAAAAUUGGAUGAUAAACUGUGACGAACACCUUGAAAAUGAAUUUUUGAAUGAAGACGAAAUCAUAGAUUUAGCAAACGAAGAACAAGAGGAAGAUGAUGAGAGUAGUGACUUGAAGAGGAGAAAACAGUUUCUCAUGGAGAAGCCAAAAAUGUGA